AUGGAGACCUACGACAGAACGGAGCUGUGCUUCCCUCAGCUCCUCAACGCUUCCUGCAGGAGGAUCGUACGUCCUCACUUUGAGGUCAUGCUGACUUACAUCCUGCUGUCCACCAUCUCUGUGGUCACUGCAGCUCUGAACCUGCUGGUCAUCAUCUCCAUCUCACACUUCAAGCAGCUCCACACUCCCACCAACCUCCUCCUCCUCUCUCUGGCCGUGUCAGACUUCUUCGUGGGCCUCCUCAUGUUGUUUCAGAUCAUGCUCAUCGACGGCUGCUGGUUACUGGGGGACCUGGUGUGCACCCUGUAUCAGUACGUAGCUUACAUUGUUAUCUCUGCCUCAGUAGGAACCAUGGUGAUCAUAUCCAUCGAUCGUUACAUAGCCAUCUGUCAUCCUCUGCACUAUCAGAGUAAAGUCACCCGUAGGAGAGUCCAGGUCUGCGUGCUCCUGUGCUGGAGCUGCUCUGCAGUCUUUCAGAGUCUGGUCCUGAAGGACAUCCUGGAGAAGCCGGGUCGGUACCACUCCUGCUUUGGAGAGUGUAUAUUCUUUAUCAACUACAUAGCUGGGAUAGCAGACCUCAUCUUCACCUUCAUUGUCCCCAUCACUGUUAUUGUUGUUCUGUACAUGCGAGUGUUCGUGGUGGCCGUGUCUCAGGCUCGGGCCAUUCGCUCUCACGUUGGAGCCGUCGCUCUGCAGCAAGCGUCCAGAGGGACGGUGAAGAAGUCUGAGCUGAAAGCAGCCAGGACUCUGGGCAUCGUGGUGAUCGUGUUCCUGAUCUGUCUCUGCCCGUAUUACUGUGUCGCUCUGACGGGUCAGGACAACCUGCUCAACGCUUCCUCUGCUGCCUUCGUCAUAUGUCUGACGUACUUUAACUCCUGUGUGAACCCCGUGAUCUACGCUCUGUUUUACCCCUGGUUCAGGAAGUCCAUCAGACUCAUCGUCAGUCUGAAGAUCUUGCAGCCGGACUCGUGUAACGCUCAGGUGCUGUAG